CAUGGAAGCAAUUGCACCGACAGAGUUGGGUGAAGGGUGUUAUCAAGUUGUGCUUGUAUCUGCUAAGAUCACUUCAUCCUCCUCUGAGAUAGUUGGCAAAAAGUUAGAACCUAGAGAAAAGGCGUUUAACUUCUGCCGUAUCUCUACGAGAAGAAGGAAACCAGAGAGAAAAAAUCAAAAUGGAAAUCAUGUGGCGUUGGACUCUAAUAUGCUUGGCAAGUUUGAUCAUUCGUGGCUCACAACUGUUUUGUUCAUUUCUUCUGAAAUUACGUUUGAAAUAUUGAUUUUGUUUCUUACAGGUGUUGUUUCUGAGCGUUUGGAUCGUGAACCUACCGCUGCAGAUGUGUUAAUUGCUGCGGCUGAUAUCGUAUUUUCUUUCUGGACCAGAAGAGGCUUCCGCACCUAUACCUGGAAGCAGCGUUACACCAAUCACCCUGCGGAAAUCUGCAAGAUCUAGAAAUUAAGAAAAGGACGCAAUGCUAGAAAUCUACUGUUUGUUUUGGUGGUGUAGUGUAGAUGGUGGGAAAUCUAAA